GAUAUAAUGGCAGGUGAAGACACACAAAUCCUGGCGAACGGAAACGUCGAGGCAUUGACGAUAAUCCCGCCGAAAAUGGCGAACGGAAACGGACUGAUCUGCGGCAAACAGCACAACAACAACGGCUCGAUACCAAACGGGAAGUUGCACGAGAUCAGCGGAGUGGAGAACGGCAAGUUGAUCAUGUCCGACGAGAAAUCGAGCAGCCUUCAUACGGAAUUCGACGACGCGGAUGUGUCUUGCGGAUGGGGACCCUGCAGACCCCACUGGCUUCAGUAUUUCGCCACGAAACAGGCGUUUUUGGUCACCUUCUGCAUCACUUGGGUGCUCCAGGGUAUGUACUACACGUACUUCGUGUCGGUGAUCACGACGAUCGAGAAGCUGUUCCAGAUUCAGUCGAAGACCACCGGUAUCAUAAUGUCAGCGACAGAGAUCGGUCAGAUCGGUUCCUCUCUCCUGCUUACGUACUACGGAGGCCAAGGUCACCGGCCUAAGUGGAUCGCUUGGGGCAUGAUCCUGUUCGCGGUGAGCUCGUUCACCUGCUCGAUGCCCCAUUUCAUCUUCGGCGAACAGCUGAUCCAUCAGAACAGCUCCGACCCGAUGCCUGCACAUUUUUGCAGCCUGCAGGAUCGUUUCGAGAACAGCACGUUCGAUAGCUUGAACUCGUCCACGACAACGUCGCACGUAAACACGAUGCACAAUUGCGAGGGUGACUCGUUGACCGAGCAGAGGAUACAAAGCAAGAUAACCACCGUGGUUUUGGCUAUAUUUUUCGUCUCUUUGUUGGGGGUUGGAAUGGGUCAAACAGCGGUCUACACCCUGGGCAUUCCUUACAUCGAUGACAACGUGGCUAACAGAGAAAGCCCGCUUUAUUUUGCGAUCACCAUCGGUGUGAGGAUCCUUGGUCCAGCGUUAGGGUUCAUCCUGGGGUCAUUGUGUACGAUGAUUUACGCGGAUUUGUCGGUGAAUCCGCAGAUCACGCCUACGGAUCCGAGAUGGGUUGGAGCGUGGUGGCUUGGUUUGGUGCUAAUAUCCGCCAUGCUGAUGCUGGUUAGCAUAGGGAUGUUCGCGUUCCCUACUCGGCUGCCCGCUAGCAGAACGCCGCCGAAACGAGCGGACGCGAAAAAGCCUAGUCUCCGAGACUUCCCUAAAGCGGUGAAGAGGCUGUUGAAGAACGACAUUCUUAUGUUCCGGACGGCCAGCAGCGUGCUGCACAUCCUACCGAUCGCCGGCCUCUACACCUUCCUGCCAAAGUACCUUGAGAGCCAAUUUCGCUUGCCAGCUCAUCAUGCGAACAUGAUCUCAGGUGUCGGCGGUAUUUUAGUAAUGGGCCUGGGUAUUAUAAUUAGCGGAGUGUUUAUCCUGAGGGCGAAGCCUAACGCCAGGUUCGUCGCGGCCUGGAUCGCCUUCACUGCGGUUGUUUAUGCGAUCGGUAUGGGUGUACUGAUGUUCAUCGGUUGUCCGAUGGACGAUUUCGCUGGUCUCGUUUCUCAUUCCGAUGGAUUGUCCAGUUUCGAACCGACCUGCGAUGCUAGCUGCGAUUGCGUUCGCAAUAAAUUCAGUCCAAUUUGCGGUGCCGAUGGGAAAACUUAUUUUUCUGCCUGUCAUGCUGGCUGCUUUAAUUAUACCGUGGUAGAUGGCAAGGUUGCAUCGUUUUACAACUGCCAGUGCAUCGGGACGAACGUAACGACACCGGAAAUAUUGAGCACCGCGACGAUCGGUUACUGCGAGCUCGAGUGCAGCAACUUUUGGGUUUACAUGGUCCUGUUCUCGGUGUUCGUAUUCAUCCAUUCUACCAGCGAGGUGGGCUCCAUGCUGCUGAUUCUACGCUGCGUCGAUCCACGGGACAAGGCUAUGGCUUUGGGUCUCAUACAAUUCGCCAUAGGCCUGUUUGGUAACGUCCCGUGUCCUAUCGUUUAUGGUGCUGUGGUGGACUCGGCCUGUCUCGUAUGGGAAUACGCUUGCGGCGAGCGAGGUGCUUGCUGGCUUUACGACUCAAAUGUCUUCAGAAUGUUCUAUCACGGGACAACGGGUGGAAUCCUGGUGCUGGCGUUUGUGGUGGACAUAGUGGUCUGGUACAAGGCUGGCAGCAUCAGUUUCGUAGAGGAACAGGAAGCGGAGGAGGGUACCGUGGAGGAGAUGACCACGUUGAAGUCGCAGGACGCGCAGACGGUGGACAACGACUAUUUGUGAAACGAAGUCCCGGUCGACUUCGAUGGGUAUCGUAUGAACCAGGCCUGAAUGUUAGCGUCGAUGAACCGGGACGAAGCGUGACGGUGGCGUUCCUAACUGUUCCGAGCUCGUUGCCAAUCGCGAAGCCAGAAGGUAUAGAGCGGGUCUUCGGGCCGUCUUAGAACUCGGUUUUAAUCGUUCAACGAGGAUACACGCUCGGGGGACCGUCGACGUCGAUCCGAAAACGAACGGCACUGGUGCUCGUGUCAAUCGCCUUUCGCAACUCGACGACAGAAUCCUGGACGAAACGGAAUAAACCUGUUGCAAGCGGUGCUGGGCGACGGAAAUGCAUGCCCGUAGUUUCCGAAGAGACUGUGCUGGGGCUCGGAACGUGUGCAUCGAAGGAAGAAACAGAGAGGAAAGGGCAAUUUUCAUGAUCGACCUUUGCUUUGAGCUUAUCUUUCGUCGGAAGAUUCAACUGGGAUUAAUCAAGGAUACCUUAAGGAGUGGAUUUUUCCAGGUAGAAAUGGGAUGAUCAAUGACAGUGUUAUUCAAUUUGAAACACUCGAAGUUGGCUGGAAGGAACACAAUUUUCAGGAGGAAGUACUACCGAAUGGAAGUGUCGAUCACUUCAUUUCCAUCAAUCAUUGCGAAUUAGCCCUGUCAGCUGACGAAGACGAAGAAAGGUGUGAGAAGUGCAUGCUUUGUUAGUUCAUCCAAAUUAGGCUUCUAUUUUGAAGAGGAGAAACACAAGGUAAUUUCUUGCAUAAACGAUCUGGGGUGGGAAAAGGAAAUAAGAAUCUCGGGGCACCGUUCCCUCGGCAUUCGAGGUUCUCGGAUCUCGGCUGAGCUUCUCUUAGGCACUACCGUCCGUGUUUCACUCUGCAAAUACACCUAGAACGUAGGCAAACUGUACGUACAAGCGAUUUACGAUGUAUGCGUGUGUAGAUUGAUAACAUCUCGCUGUUCGAAUGGGGAUUCGUGGAGAGAGAGAAUCAGAGAACGAAUGAGUAAUUAUGGAGAUACAUAGGACAUAUUUUUAGACGAUUUGACGAUGAAACCGGGGAGUAGGUGAACAAGAGGUGUAACGUUAAUUAAUUAAAUACAGGUAAGAGGGAAAACGACGAGAGGGAUAGAAAUGAUGUAAACGCGAGAGUUGUAUUUUAAUACAAUACAUUUUACACACGCUUUGAAGACACUCUGUCGUCUCGUGCUUUUAGUGCUUUCUGCGUUCAUCAUUUUCCGGUUGAAUGGCUAAUCUGGUCGCUGAUUAACUCUUUGGAGACAGAAUAAAUUUGCUGGUUUUUCUCAGAUAUUGCUCAAAGAUAUUCUCAAGGGAAACAUUGAAUUCUGAGUUCUCUUCAAGAAUCAAAUUUUACUUUGAAAUUAAUUUUCAAAGAUCUGCAAAGAGUUAAUUAAAUAGGUAUUCAGAGCGGAAGGGAAGUAGAGGAAACGCGUACUAUUAAUCGCUGUAAUGUUUAAAUUAUUCGAUUCAGGGGCAUUACAUUUGCGUAUCUUUCGAAAAGUCUUUGGCUGAAAUUGUUGCCCGCCAAUUCGAAGAUGAUUCUUCUAAUAAAACAAUAUCGAUUUCAACUCUAUGUUCGAAACACAGCUGUCCGGUUUUAUCGAUCUCGUCGAGGACAAUUUAAAGCGAGGAAACGGGAAAUAUAUUUUUCGAGAGCUUUAUGUUUGAACGUGGUUAUAUAUUUCUCCGUCGAUCCCAGAAACCGGAGAGCUGCUCCUAAAAAUCGAGCGUGACGAGAAUUUUUCGCGAGCGACAGAUCGAAGAAACGGCGACGCGUUUCCAUUUUACAUUUACUUGAAAGUUACCAUUUAAUAGGAACGAUUCUCGUGUGGUAAUUUGAAAUUAGACCCGGUUUAAUAAUUAAUCCCUUCGAUCCAUCCGAUUGAAUCUAAAUUCGUUUCUCGUGCUCUAAAUUUUCUUUUAAUUAAUGCUCCUCUUAUUCGAAAUUUCCUAUUACAGUCGCCUGAAAAUUUAUUCAGGGUUGUUCAGGAAAAUGUCCCCAAUUCAGCCGAUUACUUUUCCAAAAUUCUAAGCAGAAAAUGAAGGAAAGUAAGGAGAUUAUAUUCAGAUUACCAGACGAUCUACCGUCACUCCAGAAAUAAUGAAAAAAUUCAAAAAUCUAUAUAGAGUUAUCCAAAUUGAGUAACACAUCUUCAAAUUGAAAUAAAACGCAAAGUAUUUGAUUUUUGUAUGGUUACUUUAUUUCAAUACAAAGUCUAUUUUAUGACAGCGGUCCUUCUCCGCUUUUUUUUGUGAGCUUGAUAAUUUUUCACGAGGAGGAGACACCAAUUGCCACCAAGAUCGAAAGAUUAAACACCAUUAGAUUUUUUUAAUGGGUUUUAUGGAAAGUGAAAUUUACGCCAAUAAUCCAAAGACUAUUGACGAGCUGAGUAAUAAAAUCACAGUCGCUAUUGAUGAAAUUGAAUUCCAUUUAUAUUUCAUUGUAUUCCAAUUGAAUUCCAUAUAAUGAAAAAUUGGGUGAAACGCAUGAGGCUCGUAAAAAAAGCCAGGGACAUUUGAAUAAUAUUGUCUUUGAUAAUUAAUGUCAUACAGUAAAUUUUGUAUUAAAAUCACAUACUUUGCAUUUUAUUUUAAUUUGAAGAUGUGACACUAAAUUUGAAUAACCCUUUAUAUAAAAUCACUUGAACUUCUGGACUUUGGUAGAAUCGUGAAAACUGAAAUCACCCUUUCAAUGAUCUUGAAUUUUGCAAACAGCAAAGGACGAUGAUUUAUGCAUUCUAUGCAUCGAAAGGGUUGAAGUGUGCAUGAUCGUAUGUGUGAUUGUGCGUGUACACUUGUAGCAGGUAAAUCGUAGGUGCAGUUGAGAACGAUCGGAUAGAGAGGCGAAUACGGCCUUCCGUGCUCUCCCGUUGAUCUCCACCGAGAAUUGUAUUUUUCUAUUCGAAGCGUAAUCUAUAUUUUAAAUCGAUCACACAGGUCGUGUAGCACAGCACGUUGGAGCCGAUUCACCCUAUCGAUCUCUUCAAUUUUCCCCCCCGUCUUGGCUACCUUCUAACGAUUCGAUCGAUCCUCUCUAACGGGGGUAGUUAAUCGUUAUCUCGAUGCAACACGAAUAAACUAAACUUAUAUCUCUUAUUUAUAUUAAUCGAAAAUAUAAAAGACAAGUAAUUUGAUGUAAUAACGUUUGAGAUCAAUUUGGAUCGAGAUAAUGGGAAGAAAGGAGGAUGUGAUUGACAGUGAAACGAAAGUGUUUUAUUUUCUUUUUUCUUUUUGACAGAAAGAAAUAUUUUUAAUUUAUUGAAUGGAAGAGUUAUGGAUGAACGAGAUAUAUAUAUAUGUCUAAUUCGCCCCGUAUAUUUUGACCACCAGCAGAGAAACAUGGAAUCUUCGAGCGAGUCCCCUUUUUUUAUUAUUUUUAGUUCUGAAACGAAGGCGUAGACAGUUACGUUUGCCUUUCGACCCUCGACACACAUUAUUCUGUAUAUUACGUGUACGAUAGAGAUGUAAAUAUAGGAGAGUACAAUAAUUGCCAAAAUAAUCAUGGCGUGGAGCGAACAGAGUCUCAAUGUUUAUUCCCAGUGUUGCGCCGGAAGUGUUUCGAGGAGGGCGAACGAUUUCACGUAAUUUUUAUCCUAUUUAUUAUUUUACAAAAUAAUUUUUAUCUUCGUUACUUUUAUUAAACUUCGAAAGAAAAAAUCAAUUUCCUUAAGAUGAAACUUAAAUUAUUUGGUGUUCUGUAAUUAUUUGGUAUUUCGAAUAUUUAUCGUCAACUAAAUUUCCUCUGAAAAUUUCGAAUAUUAAUUUUUUAAUUAGUCUUUAAUUAAUACGUACAAUUUGUCCUAAAUCGUUCACCCCGUUACGAAAUAAAUUGAUCGCAUUGCUGUGAGAAUCAUCGCAAUGACGAUGUCUCAAUGAUCACGAUAUAAAAGCACUGCCCACUAAUUACUGCCAAAUGUUUUCAUCAGCCAAUCUAAUAACUGCCAGAUUUAUCCGAAUCAUAUACAAUUUUCUUACUCUUGCUUUAGCACGACGAACUUAAUUACGAGUAUGCUCAAAGUGUAAUUAGUUUGAUCGAAGACUUGGAAAGUAAGAGGAUGCAAUUUCUUAACUCGUCCCAUUGAGUUGCUUGCAUUUAACGUUUUGUCGCGUAAACGAGCGAAUCGUAUACAUUUCUGACAAUCUAAAGAUAAAAAAAGACGAUACGUUUUUUAUACCAAACGCAUACAUUCGUUCAGCAUUUAAUCGUUCGCUAAUCGUCGCAUUGAUUCUCACGAUUCGAUUCAAACGAGUCCCGAUCACUGGCGGAACACAGAAUACCAUAUAACAAUUAUAUUUUAGUAAAAAAAAAAAAUAAAAAAGAAUUUAUCGGUAAUGUACUAGUAGGAUAAUCAACCGCGAGAGCGGAGACGGUUUUACCUAAUUAUAGCGGCGUAGUCCUUUAAGAGAACCAUAAUUGCUAGUCUUUAAUCAGCGACGUGCACGCGUACAAGCACGUCAAACCGAAAUAUAUAUAUAUAUAUAUAUAUAUUGGAUGUUUUAUGAAUUUUGGGUUGAAGCAACUUUAACGUUUCGCGAGAAUUAAUUAAUUUUGUAUCAUAAAUUUUAAUCUUUAUAUCAAGAAAUUUUUUUUUUAAUCAUAUUUUAAAUUCGUGGUGCUGGUCACCUACAUGGUAAUCAACUUUUACUAUUAAUUAUACAAUGAUCUACUUAUAUUAAGAAAUUGUAAAAUUAUUUAUUAUUCUUCAAUGAAAUUUUUCAAAGACUCUUUUACGAAUCUCAUUGAUCAAAUGAAAUAAUAAUGCAAAUGGUAAUUUGCAAAAUGUUAAAGUUGUUUCACUAUUACAAAAAUACACCUGCGCUUAUGCGUGUGUAUCAGGUGUAAGAAACGACUAAAUCGGUGUAAACGAACAGGGACGGGGGGGUAUAACGAGCGAAGGAAUAAAAAAAGAAUAUAAUGCCAUUUUUAUGUAUACAUAUAUUGUACUAAUGAUUAUUAUAAAUUUCUGUUUAAUUAAUAUUAUUCUUACUACUACUAUUAUGGUUUAAUACUAUUGAUUCUCGUUUAUCGACUAUUGCUAUUAAUUGAUAUGUAACGUUGUAAUAUGCGCUUUGAUUUUUAUACGUAAUAUAUAUAUAUAUAUAAAGAGAGAGAAAGAAAAAAAAAACGAUUACUUUGUAGGAGACGUAAGUGUAUUUUGAUAUAGCGCACUGUAUGCGUGGCUGUGUGUACGUGUAAAUGUGACACGAAUAAUUUUACUAAAUGAUCGUGUAUAUGGUAAAACGAAUUUUAUAUUUGCAAGUUGAGUUUUCGGUACGUAUGUUCUAAUUUCUUUUUUCUCUCUACUGUGCUUACGUUUUUUUUAGCUAGAUAUCGUGCAAACAGUUACUUUUCCAUAGACGAACGGUAUCCUUGUCGUUGUUUAGGAAAAUUUGAUAAGAAAUAUUGGAAAUUUUAUUGAAACUAAAUUUAUGUAUCUUAACAUUUACUUAAUGACUUAAUUAAGUGAAUUAAUUAAAUUAAUUAAAUGACUUAAAAUUUAUAUAUCUAAAAGGGUAGAUGUACGCAUUAAGGGUUAAUUUUUUAAUUUAUCACUUAAGUUCGAUAUUUUUAAUUACUGACUUUAAAAUUUUAAUCGUAAUUAUAGUUUAUUAAAUUUAUCACACCUAUGAUAAUUAAUUAAUUACAGCGCGCAGUAAUGAAUCUCACGUUAAUAUUUUCAACACGCUGCUGUUACCAUUUAAACGAUCGCUCACGAGAUUUCUCGUGUUUCAAUGCCGAGAUGCGGUCCUUUAAGUGUUAAUUAAAAAAUUUUUUCUUUAAUUUUUAUCGAUCAUAGUUUUCCCAGGACAACGAUACGCGAUACUGUUGGUCGCGAACGUAAUUCCUCCUGGAAGAUGUAACACACGAAAUCAAGACUGUACAUACGAAAUAGCAGGCGUUCGAUGGACCUCCACCUUAAGGUUCCCACCACUAUUCCCGACGUUUAAGUGCCUAUACAGAACCGGAUGAAAAUCGCGUCUAUUCUCCUCCUCGAACCUUCGUUGUUCUAGUUUCUAGAAGUGGGUAAGAUACUAUUUUGACGGCUGCGAUACGACGCGAAAUAGAACGAACGAACACUUCGUUUCCAUGUUGCUGCAAUACACACACCGUACACCAAAUUGUUUCUCUUCGUUGUAGAAUUUAACAGAGAGAUGAAACGAAACGAUAGAAAAAAAAAGAAAACCUGGUGAAAAUCGAACAAACAGAAAAGGAAAAAAAAUCAGAAAAAUGAAUAAAAGAAAAUAGAAAAAAGGAAUAUAUAUAUAUUUACGAUGAAAAAUCAGUGUUUAAAUGUUACAGAAUAGAAACGUUUACGUUGCAUUCGUGUGACAGUAGUUUGACGAUGAUUCAAAGAACGUAGCGAAACGAUCGUCAUUCCCACUUUAAUGAAUUAAUAUACCUAUACCGCAGUUCACCAGAGUCCAUAACUGCGAAAAGACCAGUUUUCGUUCUUCGCGCAUCUCCAGUGCGCAUCUUCGCCCUGAUUGGCGAUACUCCCAAACGAAGUGGAAAGCGAUUGGCGGAGACCUCGCUGCGUUCCCCCACCAUCUUCCAAUCUGCGGGUCGCAGUCAUGGACUCCGGUGAACUGCGGUAUAUAUAAAUAUAUAUAUAUAUAUAUA